ACUUUAUUCUGUCUUCAAAAGGAAUGGGAAAUUGCACAUAAUAGAUUUGCAGUUUCAUGUACAAUCAUUCUUUUUAUAUUAUGUUAUGGAAAUGAUUUAUUUUAUUCCAUAAAUUCCAUCAAUUAAAUUAUUUCAUAAAUUAAAAAUAAAAUAAAAAUUUAAAAACAGAAAAAGAAGAAAUGGAAACCUAGAAAGAACAAACAGGAUCCUACCUAUUUAGACCAUGCUUCCUGCUUACAAUUCAGAGAACAGAAGCCUGAGUGAGUUAGGAUUAAAAAGUGAUCUCUCCAAGGUCAUACAGGCAGACAAGAGUUGAGAAGGGAUCCAGACUCUAGCCCUCUGACGUUGAUUUCUGACUCAAAGUGCAGAGAUUUCCUCUAGAAGUUGCUGCCCCAUAAAGGGCUCCGCACAUUUUCAGGGACUUCAGAUAGCCAAGAGAAAACUUUCCGAGCUCGGAGGGACCUCAGCUAGCCCCCCCAAAGACCGGAAUGAGGCCCGACAAGUGCUCAUCCAGCCUCUGCUUAGAAGGACCGCUUCCCCAACCGGAGACUAACACUACAGAGAUGGGCUCUAAGCUUCUUUUUAAUAAGCAGGCUGGAGAAGAAGGAAGGCAAGGAAGGGGUGUAGAGCCAGAGAAGGGGGGAGGUCAGAUCAGGUGGUUUGGAUUUAGUUCUUGGCUCAGGCCCUCAGCUGCUCUGUGUUCCCAGAGGCCUGCAGCCUGCGUGCUCUCCUGCCCCCUCCCCUCCUCCGGGAGCAGUCAUCCCAGCCCCCACAGCUGGACCGACCGGGCAGCGGGCAGGAGGAGCAUCCCCAGCAGGAUCGCUUGCCCCCUGACAUGAGGCAAAGCAGCAGGCCGGGCCCCUCCCUGGCCAGGGAGCCUUGCAAAGUCUGAAAAUGACAAUAGCCCCAGACGGGGUGUUUCCGGGCAUCAGGUGACUUGUAAAGGAUUCUGCUUCUCCAGCUUCCUGGAUCUCUGUUUACCUGGAUGACAAUAAACUUGCCCAGCUGGGGCCGCGGCUGCCUGCGCCCUCCCCUCGUCCACCCCAUGCAAAGCACCCAUGGCAAGAAGGCGUUGCCCGCGGGCCCGCUCCCUGCCAGCCGCUGCCCCGGAGGUGCCUGCUGCCAGCCAGCCCAAAGUCACCUCUCUCCCGCCGGGGCCCGAGCCAACGAGGAACCCCUCGAAGCGGCGAGAACCAGUUCUGGUUGGGCAAUAAUUAAUCGGAUUCCUUGCAUUCCUUGGCCGCUGCGGGGCCCGUUGCCCCAGGAUGAGCCACAGCAGCUCCGCGCCCUGGGACUGGCAUUCGGACAUGCAGUUUACUGGAAAGCUGGUGUUCUCUGCCGCUGCCGUGCUCCUGGGGACGCUGGUAUACAGGCUGUACAAGUCCUGGCCGGCCCGGAGCCCCCCCGGGGGGGGGACAUCGCCGGCCGACGCCGCCCGGGAGACAGAAGGCGCGGGCCGGCCUGAGCCCGCCAGCUCCUCGCCCAGGGCUGGGCUGCCGGCUCUCAGAGCCCGGGGCCGGGUCAGCAGCGAGGAGGGGGCCCGAGGCUCCCCGGCCUGGGGGAAUGGCCAGCCAGAAGGGGCCCGCGGGGCCUGUGACCUCAGAGCCGGCGGCCAGGCGGACCUCGGAGACAGGGGGGAGAGAAAAGGGGCCGGCUCCCCCCGAGGGGAGCGGCAGCCCGGAGCGGUCGGGCGGGGGAAGGACCGUCUCCUCUCUCUCAGUGACUGUGACCCGGAGCCGGGACUUGCUCAAGCCGGUGAAGCGGAUGGCCCGGUGACUCACGCCCAGAGCCUGGUCUCCUCCAAGGCUGCCGCCGGUCGGGAGGACAUGGACAGGAGCUGGGUCUUCCCCCAAGCUGCGGGGGUCAGCCAGGACAGCUUGGGGCUCAUCAGGGCCACCUCGGACAUGGGCCUGGCGGUCAGCCAGCGCGCCGGGGACGCGGACACCUGCUACCUCUUCUCCUCCCUGGCCAGGGCUCAGAUGGAGGAGAACCUUCUUGGGGAUGAGGCGCCGGAGGAGAGGCCUGGGGGGGCGGGGGGAGCGUCUGCCGCUCCUGGCCUAAAAGGGAAAAUCUAUGACUACUAUGUGGAGUCUACCUCCCGAUCCGUCUGCAGAGACAGGCUGGCCCCCCCGGCCCCCGAGCCUCAGGGCUCACCCCUGCCCCGCAGCUUCCCUGAGAGCAGUCCCUUGCCUUCCCCCGGCCGGACCCAUGCUGCCGAGAGCGCCGAGGAUACCUGGGAGAGCCCCCCUUCCUCUCAGGGCGCCUCCUCACCCCCAGGGCCCAGCCUCAGCCGCAAGGAGAGCUUUCUUCAAAUCGCGGAGAACCCCGAGUUCCAGCUUCAGCUAGACCGCGCGGGGACCCCCGGCUCCCACCAUAUCCCCGCGGCCCCGGCCUCUCCAGACCUCAACCCACUGGGAGCCAGUCUGGAGCCCAAGGUGGAGCUGGUGGCCGGGACCAAUUUCUUCCAGCUCCCCCUGGUCCCGGGGGCGGCUCAGAACACCCACCUGGACCUGGGCAACUGUUCGGAAGUGCUGCGGCUGGCCAAGAGGGAGAAGCUGCCCGCGCUGAAGGAGGCCGCCUACAAGGUGAUGAGCGACAACUACCUGCAGGUCCUUCAGAGCCCGGACAUCUACGGGGGCCUGAGCGGCGCCGAACGCGAGCUGAUCCUGCAGAGGCGCCUGCGCGGGCAGAAGUACCUGGUGGUGGCCGACGUGUGCCCCCAGGAGGGCAGCGGCCGGCUCUGCGCCUACGACAACGAGCGGGACGCCUGGUGGCCCCUGGCCGGCCUGCCGCCGGAGGCCACGUCCAGGGGCUGCGCUCUCUGCAGCCUCUUCAAUUACCUCUUCGUGGUGGCCGGCUGCCCGAGGGCCGGGGGGCGGGCCUCCAACCGGAUGUUCUGCUACAACCCGCUGACGGGCAUCUGGAGGGAGAUGUGCCCCCUGAACCAGGCGCGGCCCCACUGCAAGCUCGUGGUCCUGGACGGCUACAUGUACGCCAUCGGGGGGGAGUGCCUGUACACGGUGGAGCGCUACGACCCGCGUCAGGACCGCUGGGCCUUCGUGGCGCCCCUGCCCAACGACACCUUCGCCUUGGCCCACACGGCCACGGCCUGCGACGGGGAAAUCUACGUCACGGGGGGCACCCUGCGCUACCUGCUGCUCCGCUAUUCGGGCCAGGAGGACCGCUGGCGGGCCAGCCCCACGGCGGGCGGCAAGGACCGCACGGCCGAGAUGGCGGCCGUCAACGGCUUCCUCUACCGCUUCGACCUCAACCGCAGCCUGGGCAUCGGGGUGUACCGCUGCAGCGCCCGGGCCCGCCUCUGGUACGAGUGCGCCACGUACCGCGCGCACUACCCGGCCGCCUUCCAGUGCGCUGUGGUGGACAACCUCAUUCACUGCGUGGGCCGCCAGUUCCACCUGCGCUUCCUGGCCGACUACGUGUCUCCCCGCUUCCUCCCCAACGAGCUCCAGGGCUUCCCGUCCCCGCAGGGCACCCUCAUCCCCACCGUCCUGGUACUGCCCGCCCGCCACGUGGCGCAGACCAGGGUGUAGCCCCGCCCCGCUCGUUUGGAGAGCGCCCCCCCUUGGCCAUGCAAUGGCGGAACCAAGGAACCUGGAGUUGAAUCCUGCCCAGCCGUGGGACAGCCCUUAUCCCUUCCGAGCCUCCGUUUCCCCAUCUGUAAACUGUGAAUCUGUAAAAUCAUCAUCAUCAUGGUGGUUGCGGCAGAGGAUCUGUAACCCUGUAGAAUGUGUUUGAUAUUUAGAGCAUUUGUGUUUCUUUGA